CCGGCCCCUCUGGUGGCCAGGACCAUAGGAACACACAUAGGCCGGCGCUCUAUCCUAUAGUGUGCAAGCACGACCACCAAUCCUGGAUUGCAGGGUGGUCGUAACCAUGGAAACGAGCCGUGUAUAAUGUGAUGGAAAAAUGAAUCCAGCCAGCAAAGGAAGCAACAUGGAGAAUCCCAAUACAUUAGGAAGGGCCGGGUAUUAAUCUUCUCUACAUGAUAAAUGCCAUUUGCUGAAGUGAGACGACCCCUUUAAUUUAUUAACAGAUUCUCAAAUUAAAGGGAUAGGACGCGCUGUCUCCAUGGCGAUGGUGUGUAUGCGCUGGCACCGCUCCCGGGCUCUGCACGCUCAGCUGGCAUCGAGCUGUCUCCUACUCCUGGCAAUGAUUUACAGCGGCCGGGGGAACGAGGGGCGAGCCCGGGCAUGCUGCCGCCCCGCAGGCCCUAUAAGACGGGGGCAGGAUGGGCAUUGUAGUAGCUGCGAGGAGGAGGAGGCCGCACACAGGGCAGGACGAUGGCGGAUCACCCUCCUCCUGAGGACGUCACGGCCGCCGCUGGAGACGCACAUUCUAAGUCGGGUCCCCUCUCCAGCCGCUCUCACUCCAUAGAAAUGCCCGCACGUCAGCUGGCGCGGUUGAGAAGCAUCGAUCCGUACUCUCGCCGGAGCUCCGUCGUCAGUAACAUGAACGUCCCAUUCUCCCGCAAGAACUCGCUGUGCGCCCUGGGUCCAAACAAGCGCUUGUCCCUGGGGCCCUGGGCACAUUAUGGGCAGGUCAGUUUUUCGGGUCUCCCCCUCUAUCAGCCCAUUCAGGAGAUUCAGUAUGAAAACACGUACAAGAUGGGCCCCGACCAGGACUGCAGGUUCAACCCAGGCAGGGCCCAGAAAGCUGUGGAGGGCAUCCUGAGGGGCUACCUGGGGGAUGCCAAGUACAACCCCCUCACCAGCGGGCAGCUGGCCCAGAACCUGUCCGACAUCAUCCGCAGCAAGCUAAAGGAGUUCAGCCCUGCCCGCUACAAGGUGGUCUGCAGCGUCUUCCUGGGCCAGAUGUCCCACCAGGGGGUAAAGGUGUCCAGCCGCGCCCUAUGGGACCCACAGAAUGAUAACGUGGCCUCCGCCUCAUAUUCUAACUCCACCUUGUUUGCAGUGGCUAUGGUGCACGGGCUUUACUAUGAAUAAUGGGGGUCAUUCUCUGCAUGUCAUAAACUCCAGCUACCAUGUACAUUCAUUGCGUAUGCAGUGGGCCCCUCUACUGCUCACCCCCUUCCCAUCAUAUUCCACAUGAUACAGUAGGCGAGUAAUGUCUGACUGCUGGGACCACCUGCAAUCCCUACAACAUGGGGUACGCACAUCGCUGCAGUCCUCCUCUGGGGCUGAUGGAGGGCGCUGGGCACCUGCUGGGGGGGGAGGACUCCUGUAAAGGGGAAUGCUACUGUCACAACUUAUGACCGCAAGUCCAGGGUGCGGUUGGUUCAGUUUAUACUCUGAAUUCAGCUUUCUGUGCGAAGCAUGCCCCAAUCAGCUUCCUGCCCGUGUAAAAGGCCCUUUACCGAAGGAACCAACACAAUGUUUAUUUUCACUUUGGGUGUGAUCGGAGAAGAAAACGUACAAAGUUGUCACACGGUUACUUGAUAUUUUAUGUAGAUUUGAAUGGAAAUCUUGCGCAGAGUUCCCCUUUAGAGUGAAAGAGGGGGGGGGGGGUCAUUCCAGUGUGUAUAAUGCAGGAUCUGUACAUUAGUCUCAGUGCUGCACUCACAGCAGUGUAUGGAAAGUCAGGGUUAAAGCAGGAGGUGAGCACCAGACCCAACCCAGCACCACCCCAUUCACUUUAGAACAGCUACAUUUUGAGUGUUUACUUCCACAGAUGGAGCAGACUGUGUCAGCAUGCAUGUUUGACACCCACAAUACAUUGAGGAUUAGAUUAACCCAAAAACAAUCAAAGAGUUCACAUGAAAGAGCGGCCAUUGCUUGGAUUACACGAAUCCUUUACAUCAGACGAGGCGGCAGAAUAAAGACAAA